AUGCGGGACCACCCAAAAUUUUGUUUUCUUCAUCUCUUUCCGUUGGUGUGUGUUGCUGCAUGUAAAGCAAUGGGGAGGAUCAGUCUAUUGUUGCUUCUAUCUGUCUUUAUUGUGACCAGCAAAUCUCAGUCUUGUACUGAGAAUGACCUGAGAUUAGUUUGGGGUAGUGGCCCAUGGGAAGGGAACCUGCAGAUUUGCAUUAACGGUAACUGGGGCUGGGUCUGCGACAAUAGCUUUGGAACUGUUGAUGCUCAAGUUGCCUGCAGACAGCUUGGAUUCCAAACAACAGGAGCUGCAUAUCGCAUGUGGUCUUAUUAUGGUCUGGGUAAUAUAUCAACUCCCCUUUUGCUUGAUGGGCUCAACUGUGCUGGUAAUGAAAACAGGAUUAUUGACUGUCCAAGACCGUAUCCAGUUGGGGUCGUUAGCUGUUUGUAUAAUGAGAUAAUUGGGAUUGUCUGUCCAAGCGGUGGUGGUUGUACUGGUAAUCAGAUCAGAAGGAUAAGGAACAACAAUGGUGUACCUUUUAGAGGCAACGGUCGUGUUGAGAUGUGUUACAACGGUCAAUGGGGAAGAGUUUGUGAUGAUUCCUGGGGCAGUAAUGACGUUAAAGUUGCCUGCUAUGAGUUGGGCUUCACCAAACAAAGAGUUGCUACUUAUUGUUGUUCAAGGUACUUUGGUCAAGGAUAUGGUCCGUAUGUUUAUGAUGAUGUUGCUUGUUCAUCUGCUGAGACUUCACUGAUAUCCUGCAAUUCAAGAGCAUUGGGAUCAACUAACUGUGCUGGUAGCAAUGACGCUGGAAUCGGAUGCUCUGGUACUAUAACUUCUUCUUGUACUAAUGGUGAUGUAAAACUAUGGCGUCCUAGUGAUGGUCCAGAGUAUUUUGGACUAGCUCUGUAUUGUAAGAACAGCAAAUGGACUGGAGUCUGUGAUGAUAGCUUCACCUGCCACACUGCUAGACUUAUAUGUGAACAGUUGGGCUACCCUGGAGCUCUUUAUUAUAGAGGUGAAGGUUAUUGGGGAUAUUUCUACAGUACACUAGGGAACAAUGGUGUUGAUCAUUAUGCUUGGUCCUGUAGUGCUUCUCAUACCUCACUAUCUCAAUGUUCCUACUAUUAUCACUCCAGCUGUAAUGCUUAUCAUGACCAGUUUGGUAUUAUGUGUACCCCAAAAGAUCAAAAAUCAGAGUGCACCACUGGAACAGUUAGGCUAGUCAAUGGUACUAGUAGCAACAAUGGAAGAGUAGAGUAUUGCUUUGAUGGUGGUUGGGCUUCACUCUGUGGCCUAUCAGCUCCAGCUUCUACUGCAGUCUGUAGAACACUGGGAUUCAACACGAGCUUUGCUUCUAUCUAUAAUGAUGAAAGAUAUGGAAGGAAUAAUAACCCAAGUAGUCUCAGCUACUUAAGUUGCCCCACUUCAGCUACCCACUUGAACCAGUGUACUGCUAUACGUAAAGGUAACGGUGGUUGCUGGCGCAGUGUCUCAAGGUGUGGCAAGGAAUAUUCCGUCCAAUGUUACAAUAAUAUUGGUGAAUGUACUGAUGGCAGUUUUAGACUUGUGAAUGGAACAAUAGAGCAGGAAGGAAGAGUAGAGAUAUGUACUAAUGGCCUCUGGGGUGCUAUCUGUCAUGGAAGCUGGAACUCCAUUGAUGCUUUUGUAUUGUGUAGAUCACUAGGAUAUGGAGGAUCAGGUCCUACAACUUAUUGGACUUCAACCUUUGGUCUUGCCACUGGCCCAGCUCCAUGGAAGAACGUCCUAUGCUAUGGGUGGGAGAACACACUCUUUGACUGUCAGAAGACAAUAUAUCCUUAUGACAGUUGCCCUGUACAGAACACUGUGGGUGUAGCCUGCAAAGAUGGUUGUGCCAAUGGUCAAGUGAGACUGGUUGGUGGUAACUUUGAGAACGAAGGGACCAUACAAGUUUGUUAUAGUGGAAGAUGGGGACAGGUAUCUGAUCAGGGAUGGGACGCCAAUGGUGCUAGAGUAGUAUGUAAUCAACUAGGAUACACUGGAGGAAAUGCUGUCCCUACUACUGGUUCGUCUUAUGGUAAAUCCAACCUCACCAUACAUCUCAAGUUUGUUGCUUGUUCUGGAAAUGAGAUUAACAUUGACCUUUGCUCUAAGACAAAGCUCUCACUAAACAACGGCAAAAAGGAACUAGUCACUGCUCAAGUGGCUGGUGUAGACUGUAUUUAUGACGUGCCAACUGAUCCACCUUGCAUUGCUACUCCUCCUCUAUACAAUACACAAGGGAACCAGUGUGGAGCUGCUCAGAAUAGGACCGUUAGGAUAAAUCCUGACGAUUCACCUGGUAAUGGUCGCGUACAAUAUUGCUACAAUGGAUACUGGUCUCCAUUCUGUAACAUGGACCCUGUCACUGCUUCCAUUGCAUGCAAUGAUCUAGGCUAUACUGCAUACUCAUGGGGCUCUAUAAUUGAUAAUGGGAAUUAUGCUACAGCCAAUUUAAUGAACAUUAGUUUGUUUGACAGAGUUAGCUGCACUGGAUCAGAGUCAAGCAUAACCCAGUGUACCCUGGUGCCCAGUGACCCAUCCUGUACUCCGUACUGCAGUACCAACCUUGGGCUAAGAUGUUACGAUAAUACAAUACCUUCUAAUCAGUGCUCACCUGAAGGAUCACUGAGACUAGCUGAUGGUGUCAUUGAUAAUGAGGGAAGAGUAGAAGUGUGUGUUAAUGGAGUAUGGGGAGCUGUCUGUGAUCAAGGAUUUGAUAAAACUGAUGCUUACGUUGUAUGCAAACAACUGGGCCACCCUGAACUAGAGCCCUAUGUCUUCACAAACUCUACAUUUGGUGCUGGUCAGUUCCCAAUAGUCUAUUCUAAUCUUGGUUGUGGUGGAUAUGAGAAUUCCCUUGCUGCCUGUCAGAAACAGACCUACCCCAACACUACCUGCUCCCGUAACAAUGUAGCUGGAGUACUCUGUGGAUAUGAUUGUACUGAUGGUGAUAUUAGGCUUGUUGGUAGUCAGUGGAAUUAUGAAGGGACUGUUGAGAUAUGCUUUGAUAACCUCUGGGGCCUGAUAUCUGACUCAGUCUGGACACUGUCAACUGCUCAAGUUAUCUGUCAGCAACUGGGGUAUCAAGCUGAAGGGACUCUUGCUGUAAGAGGUUCACAGUAUGGAAAACCAAAUAACCUCACGAUACACUUCAGGAAUGUUUCCUGCAAUGGAGAUGAGGCUACAUUCAGUGAUUGCUCUUAUUCAACACUUUCACUGGCUCAAGGGAAAGCACUCCUUGCUACUGAUGAUGUUGCUGGAGUCAAGUGCUACACUCCUGAUCAGUGUGUCCCUCCUCCUGCUGCUACUGGUGGUGAGUGCACUAAUGGAGCAUUGAGACAAAGAGGAGGUCAAGGUGGUAUCCCUGAAGGCAAUCUAGAGUAUUGCUACAGAGGGUACUGGUCACCAUUCUGCUACCUUGGGACCACAGAGGCUACUGUUGCCUGUAGACAGUUGGGAUAUUCCAGCUAUGACUUGACUGUUAUAUUUAGUGAUGGUCGAUUUGGAAGUAUUUCAAACACCAGUUUAUUCCAGAACAUCACUUGUGAGGCUAACCCAAAUGCUGGUUUGCUCAGUGACUGUCAGGUCAUUGAUACUUGUCAAUCAACUUGUCCUAAUGCCAUUGGAUUAAGAUGCUAUGAGUCUGGUAAUUGUAUGGAAGGAAGUGUCCGUUUGGUUAAUGGCAGCUUUACAACUGAAGGAAGAGUUGAGGUUUGCAGUAAUGGCAUUUGGGGAACCAUAUGUGCUAAUAAAUUUACUGCAAUUGAUGCAUACGUGAUCUGUAAAGAACUGGGCUAUGGUCUGCUUGAGCCAACUGUGUAUAAUAAUUCUUAUUAUGGUGAUGGAGAUGGAUCCAUUGUUAUAUCAGAGCUUGACUGUAAAGGAUAUGAGCCUACAGUACUGGACUGUGCUAAGAAAGACUAUGGAUCAUUUACAUGUUCUCGUGAUAAUGUCAUAGGAAUAGUCUGCCAAGAAAAUUGUCAAGAUGGUGAUAUUCAGUUGUCUGGUGGAACUACAAACACUCAAGGAACUGUACAAUAUUGCUAUUACAACACCUGGGGACUUAUAUCUGAUAAUUCAUGGACUGACAAUGCAGCAAGAGUUGUAUGUUCUCAAUUGGGACACACAGGUGGCACGGCUGUCAGAGGUUCUGCUUAUGGGAAGCCAAACAGGACCAUUGUGCUAAGCUCAGUUGAUUGUGGAGGGACUGAAAACUCACUGCAAGAUUGUCAAUCCAGCAUAUUGAGUCCUGAUGAUGGACGCUCGCUGUAUCCUCAUGUUGCAGUAGCUGGUGUCAUGUGUGUAGAUUCUACUCCUGCUCCUACUAGUGGCACUUCUGAAGUUGUGUCUACCAAUAGUGCAGCAGUCGGACUAGCUAUUGUAAUGAUAUUCCUAAUCCUUAUUAUACUGAUUACCAUUGGUAUGAUUCUUUAUGUUUUCUUCAUGCGUCAGAAAGUGAUCCGGACAAAUGCUGUUCUUAAUGAGCCAAGAGUGAAGAUGUCUGGGUUGGGCGAUACAGGAGUUAACAAUCCAAUGGUGGGGCUGGAGGAAGAGGGACUGGAGGAUUUCAACACUGCUGAUCAAGAUGAACUAGUUGAUAGAUUAAAUAAAAUGUAAUACAUGAAAGACUUUGCUGCUCUUUUGUUCACAUACAUGCAUAUACAUUCAAAGCUGUUUUUGUCAUUGUUUACUGCUUUUAUAUAUACUUAAUAUUUUAUGUUCCUUUUACAUUGAAGACUUUCUUAUUAUAGUCUGCACUUAAA